AUGGAGGGCGUAACCGCGACAUUGGCCUCGUCUCCUACUGCACUAAGUAGCUCCCAACGACAAGUACCGAGCAUCCAUCUCCAUCCUUUGACCGGUUCCGGCGCUUUUUAUCCGAAAACAAUACCAUUGCCCCUUGGGAACCGAGUAGUCGUUGGCAGGUCACAGGCAGGGGACACAGAGGAUGGCACAAACGGAUUGUUUCCCUGCCAAUGGAUGAGCAGAAAUCAUGCUCUCAUUUGGUCUGGCCAGGACGGCAAGGUUUUAAUUCGGGAUACACGCUCCUCUAAUGGCACAUGGAUCAACGGUUCUCGACUAUCUGCCAAGGGCGAGAAAUCCGAACGGUUUACUUUGCAGUGUCAUGACAUUCUGGAAUUCGGAGAAGGCCAGGAUGGGGUCCCGUCGAUUAAGGCAGAGGUCUUCGAUGAUCCUACUCUAUGUAUCGCUUGCAAGACUCUGCCCGUUUCCAUAAACUCUCCACUCGUCCCCUCGCUGAAAAGGAACCGUACUCUGAGUGGAGGUGGUAGGACUUCCCCUAAGCAGGGCCUGCGACACCGUUUGAGCGUGUCCUUCUCUCCCCAUGUCCAUGUUCCUGGCAGAAACCACUCUGGAAACGAGAGCGACGAAACUACAGCAGGCCCUGGUCGGUCGCGUUUGCUACCAGAUGGGACAGUUCUCGACGAUAAGGCUUUGCCCAAGACUCCCCGAAUGGAACGCCCGAGCUCGAUUACUUCCUUCACGACUGUCAAGACCAUACAGGACAACUUUGAAGCAGAAUUCUCGCUUCUUGAUAUUGGAAUGGCCAAUCAACCGUCAGGGAGCGAUGACCAUGAGCUCAAAACGGCUCCCUUGGUUACUCGGGAAGCUCUUGACCUAGGCGUUGGCGAGCAUAUUAAGCAGUAUGGUCUACUUGGACAAGUUGCUGCAGUCUACUCCAAGUCCAAAUCAGAACGAUUCCGUGAUCCAAGAAUCUAUGUCAACACCAAUGCACCCAUGUCUACAGUAGUUUGUGGUGUACAGGGGUCGGGAAAGAGUCAUACCGUUGGCGUACUUCUGGAAAACAUGCUUCUACCUCCAGAUCCUCGCUUUGGUCAGACUCAGAAGCCCUUAUCUGGACUUGUUCUUCACUAUGGAGAAGGCUCUGCAACGACUCGUACUCCUUGUGAAGCGGCCCACAUUGCUCUUUGUACUGAUUCAUCAGUGACCCCACCGCCUGUGCGAGUAUAUGUAUCUCCCGCAUCGCUGAACACUAUGAAAAGGGUUUAUGCGCCUCUUGGGUCAGGUGUGGUUGUUGAACCACUAUACUUUUCUGAAGAAGAACUGGAUGCACAAGCAUUUUUGUCUAUUAUGGCAGUUAGUGGAGGGUCAGACAGUGCUCCGUUAUACAUGCAGGUUAUAUUGAACUUCAAUUCCGCUCAAUUAGCUGGCCUAGAACAACGCAUGGCUCUACUGAAAUCAUUCCUUGAACCCCCAAACCAGGCUAACAGUGCAGUCGCGACGAUAGGCACAUCCACCAACCGGCGUGCCUCUGUCAUGUCUACCACAUCAGUUAGCCCUCCUAGCCGACGAAGCUCUGCGCCUAGAUUUGCAGAGGGACAAUUGACGGUGAUAGAUCUUUCGGACCCGUUCAUUGACCCAGCAUCGGCAGCUGGCCUGUUUGAUAUUGUUUUGAGGCUAUUUAUUCGUGCGGACGUUGGAACGGGGAAGGUUUGCGUUGUGGAUGAGGCACACAAAUAUCUUUCUACCGAGGGCGGCAAAGGAGCUACUUCGGAAUUGACCAAGUCUCUCUUAUCACUCAUUCGCCAACAACGCCAUUUAGGAAUGCGGAUUAUAAUUAGUACACAGGAACCUACCGUACUCCCUCCCGUACUUAUUGAUUUGUGCAGCUGUUUGAUUCUACAUCGUUUUUCGAGCAAAGGGUGGUACGAUCAUCUUCUCAGCCAUAUCUCCGCAGAUAUGCCGGAUGACGCAUUUGCACAACUGGUAUCGCUAAAAACCGGUCAAGCUCUAGUGGUAUCACCAGCUUGUAUCGCAGCCUUCACACCAUCCACACCCCCCACGACAGGUUCAUCAGCCAACAAGAAGGCCGUUGCUCAAUUAAGCAGGAAAUACCUUAUUAUCAAGACACGCAAACGACUCACAAACGACGGAGGCGCCUCUAUCAUGGUUGUCUGA